AUGGCCUUACGUUUCAACGAUGACAAUAGUCGCUCAUCAUUUCCAAUGUAUUUUGGUCGUCAAACAAAAUUUGGUGACGCUGCUUCUACACCAUUGAAAUUGAUUAAACUGCAUGUUGAACAACAAGUGAAUGCAAACUUUCCGCUCAUACAUCAAGUAGCAACAACAAUGACAUUUAAAAAUGAUUAUAAUCGAGUAUUAGAAGGAGCUUUAGAAUUUACAUUACCUGAAAAAGCAACGAUUUGUGGAUUCGGUCUCGAUAUUGAUGGUAUCAUUGUUGAUGGUGUUGUUGUUGAAAAAGAGAAAGCUCGUAUUACAUUCGAAAAAGAAGUUCGAAAAGGUGUUGAUCCUGGAUUAGUCGAAAUGGUUCAAGGAAAUAUAUUUCGUACAAGAGUUUAUCCAAUACAAGCUGGAGGUAUACGAAUAGUACGUGUCAUUUAUCAAGAUCAAGCAAAAGUUGAAAAUGAUCAUUUUAUAUUCAAUAUUCCGAUCUACUUCACUACUACUCUCGACAAUUUAGAUAUUUCAUUAAUUUGUGCACAUGCACCAAAUCAUUCUCAACCACAAUUUCUUUCAAAUGUUAAAUUUCAACAGCCUUUUAUUAAUGCAAAUAGAAAAUAUAGUUCUGAACUUCAUCUAGUCAAUGUUAAACCAUUGGAAGGUGAACAGUCUAUGACGUACAUGUUACAAAAUUUAGCACAAGAACAAGCCCUUUGCAGUGUAGAAGUUGAUUCCGAUGAUCGUAAUCAAGCCUAUUUUGCUCUAAGCUAUAUGCCAUCAUUCCAACAAUGCAAUACAAUGAUAGAUAAUUAUGAAAAAGCAAUGUCCAUCUGUCUACUAUGGGAUGCAAGUUUAAGUCGAGUCAAUGUUGAAAAUCGUAAUCAUGAAAUAAAUAUUCUCAAGAAUAUAUUGAAUAUUUGGCAAUCCAAUGGUAUCAGUGUAAACAUAACUGUCAUUGUAUUUCGAGAUGUACUUGAAGAACCGAACACAUUUCAACUACAUGAUAAAGAUUAUUGGUCAAAACUUAGUCAAUUUUUAACUGCUUUAUCAUAUGAUGGGGCAACAAAUAUAUUUCAACUAUCUACAAUUUCAACAAUUAUACCAAAUAUAACACACUGUUUUCUGUUUAGUGAUUGUCUUUCGACCAUUGGCAAUAAUGAUCCGACACAGUUGAAUCAAUUAACGAUAAAACCACUUUGGAUAUUUAAUGCUAAUGCGGCACAUGAACCAAAAAAUUUUUCAUUGAUUAAUUAUCUAACUAAUGUCAGCGGUGGCGGUUAUAUUUCGCGUGACAAAAUCAUGGGACAAAAUAGUGCAAACCAUAUCGUUCAAUGGAUUGAUAAGCCACAAGCAAGAUAUAUAAGUACAGAUAUUAUCACUAAUGCAAAUGUUCAUGAUAUUUAUCCGAGUCAUUCAAUUGUGUUAAUACCAAAUGCAGAAAGAUUUAUACUCGUCGGAAAAAUGUCAUCAACAGUUUCAGCUAAAAUUGCUAUUAAUUUUUCUAUCUUGAAUCAAACGCAUCGUAAAGAAUUAAUAAUAGAUAGCGCAGAUUCAACAUCUGAAAACUAUGGAUUAUUACGUCGUUUAUAUGCAAAACAAAUGUUAACUGAAUUAACUGCAUUUCCAGAAAAAAAUAAAAAACGUAUACUAGAUAUUGGUAUGAAAUAUUCAAUUGUGAAUGAUUUUACAUCCAUACUUGUCCUGGAAACAUUAGAACAGCAUAUUGAACAUAAUAUAUCUCCACAUCCAUCACGUACAGCAUUAUACAAUGAUUAUAUGAAAUAUCAGCAGAAUAAAAAUCAUAAAGAAACCACUAAAACUGAAGCGAAACUGGCAGCUGUCUUAAAUUUAUGGCAAGCACGAUGCGCAUGGUAUGAUAAAGCGAUAACCGACACAGACCGUAGAAAUGCAUUCAAAAAGAAAACUUCUAGUCGGCAUGACAGGGAAGUACGUAGCCUACGACAACGAAUGCAACCUUAUUCGGGCUCUGCUAUGAGUCCCAUAUCUUACGAAGCAAACCUAUGCGCAAUGAAUGACACAAUGGAAUGCGAAUCAUCGGAAGACAUGAGUUAUUCACGUAGUUUUGCAUCAUUUAUAGAACCACGUUUGGAAUUACGCUCGGCCCAAUUGAGAAACUCUGUAGAAAUGUUUUCGAAUGAGAACUAUGUGAACGAAUAUGCUUCCAAUGAUUAUUCUCUUGUCAACCAAUUAAGAUCGCAUAGUGUAGUUCAACAUACCUUCAAUGAUAUAUCUACUACAAGUAAUAAUAACAAUAAUACUACCAGCAGUACUCAUACAAUUACUCUUCAAAAUUGGGAUCCAAAAACACCAUACAUGGAAAAAAUUAAAUCAAGCAGCAACUUACAAACAACUUACGAGGUUUAUUUAGAUGAACGUCAAUCAUAUUCUAAAUCACCUUCAUUUUAUUUUGAUGUAGCAUCCUAUUUUUUCUCACAAGCUAAUUCUGUAAUACCGAAGCCAUCAUUAAUUGACAAAUUUAACCAACAAUAUUCAAUUUCAUUGUUUGGCAUUCAAUUAUUUUCAAAAAAAACCGACAGCAACAGUAAUGCUAGUAAUUCCAGUGUAAACAAAUAUCACAUUUUUGGUUUACGUAUUUUAACAAACGUAUUAGAACUAGAACUGGAAUCACCGCAAUUAUUACGAACUUUUGCUUAUAAACUUGUCGAGCUUGGUCUUUUGAAUUUAGCUGAGAAUGUUUUACGACAUAUCGUAAAUUUAAGAUCGGAUGAACCACAAUCAUAUCGAGAUCUAGCAUUAUUAUUGCAAGAAUCCAAUAUUCAAAAUAAGAAUAUUGCGGAAAUAUCAGAUCUAUUUAAAACAGUUAUAUUGGGUGAGUGGGAUGAACGUUUUACUGAAAUUGAAGUUACAACAUUGCACGAAUUUAAUUGGUUUCUAUUUGAAUUUCAUCAACAACAACAAAUAUCUAAUUCUCUUGAUAAUCGUCUAAUUCGUCAUUUACCAGUCGAUUUAAGAAUUGUUAUGAUCUGGGAUACAAAUGAUACAGAUGUUGAUUUGCAUGUCAUUGAACCAACCGGUGAAGAAUGUUACUAUUCUCAUAAAAAUACAGCCAUUGGUGGCAUGAUAAGUCGUGAUUUUACACGUGGCUAUGGACCAGAAGAAUAUCUGAUUCGAAAGGCGGUGAAAGGUACAUAUACAGUUCGCGCAAAAUAUUUCGCUAAUCAUCAACAAAGUCUAACUGGUGCAACAACAAUAAUGGUACACAUUUAUAAAUAUUAUGGCCAAUCGAAUCAACAAAAAGAAAUGGUUACACCACGAUUGGAUAGUAACAAGGAAAUGAUUGACGUAUGUAAAGUGGAAUUCGAUGAUCAUGUCGAACGAAAAUCACAAAAUAUGACAACUCAUGAUCACAAAUCGAAUACGAAUGUUCAUGAAAAUGUGACUUAUGAUGGAUGUGAUAUGUCACCAAUAAAAGGUGAUCGUUAUAAAUGUUUAUUUUGUCCAGAUAUUGACUUUUGUCAAUCAUGUCAUUCGGCUAGUAGAUCAUACAAUGAUCCGAAUCAUUUAUACAAUCAUCCAUUGUUAUGCAUUAAAGAUUCAAAUGAAUACAUAGAGGCGCUUUACAUACAGAAUCGUAGUAAAAUUAUUCAUACAAACAUUCAAUGCAAUUCAUGUUUUAUGCAACCGAUAAUAGGCAUUCGUUAUCAAUGUAUUUGUGGAAUAAAUUUAUGUGAAAAAUGCGAAUUCGUGGGUUUGCAUGAUAAAAAUCAUCAUCGCACAAAAAUAACUACACCAGUAUAA